UUAAAUCCACGGGCGUUUCGGUGUCUUUCCGCGCCAUCCUUUUUCGUCGUCCCGUCGAUGUGGCGACUGUCCUCAACGACCGCAGCAACCGUGGCGCGGCCGCAGCUCCAGCUCCCAUCCAAGCAGGACUCCACCAUCCCACCCCGCGGCCAUCGCCAAGCACCACAGAAAGCCUGGGAUCGUUCCCGCCGUACCGCGGCUUUGACGGCCGCGGCCACGGCACUGGGCCUGGGAGUUGGUGGAAGGGCGCGAGCGCGGCAAGCUGCAGAUCCAUCUUCCAACGCUGACGACAGCGACGUUCUCCGUCAGCGCUUGCAGCGUGCCAAGCUCAUGUGUCCGAGUUGGGGGAUUUCGGCAUCCACGUCCUUUCCUGGCUGGCUCUUCGGGGAGUGGGAAGUUUGUUCACGUCCAGUCGCCUAUGGCGAGCCUUUGGGUCCCCGCUUUGUGGAUGAGAACACGAAGGCUGCCAUUCGCGAAGACUUUAGUUCCGCAGACACUGCUGCAUCCAGUGGUGAUGUUACGGCUGCCAACGAGUUGCACUGGAAGGCGCGCUACUACUGGGAUUACCUCGACAAGGCCACGGAAGUCGAGGCCACCGAUUUCCCCAGCGGCUUCCUGCUGGCCAUGCCAGCGCUGGCUGCUGACAGUGGGGUGGUGCAGUUCCGAGCCUUCAACGCGGGCGAAGAGCUCAAGGCUUUUCUGAAGCAACCGGUGCCUCGCCUCAUUGCCGACGCGGAUCCUCGAGUGCAGCCUUUGCAGAUCAAUGUGUCCUUUCCGAUUGAGGAGGAGGAGGAAGAAUUCAUUCGCACUGUUUCCUUGAAAUUGGAAGCCAGCAAGACACAGCAGUAUGCUGGCAACGAAUUCGUUUCCUCUGAGCUGUUCCGGCAGGUGGUGUCCACCGAGGGGGAGAUCGAUAGCGUAGGUGACUUUGAGGUGCUGAAUGCAUACACGUUCCUGUCGGCGGGGCAUGUGACAGUGCAGAACCGGGUUGCCAAGUACCUUGUACCUGGAGACCCGCUGUUCGAAGAAGCUGGAAAUCAGGCUGUGAGUUGGUUGGACUACUCCUGGGACCUACGCCGCACCAAAACCUGCAUCGGCACCCCCUACGGCGAGCAAUGCGCUGACCUGGGCGGUGAGAGCCAGAUGGGCGUGCCAUACAUGUGAGAGCGGAGUCGAAAAU